UAACAGGAAAAUACCCAUUCUAGGUUUUUGGAGGUUUCACCGGGGCCGGCACUGAGCUUCAGUUCACUCAUUUUCCGCCGGGAAAAAAAUCAGAUUUCAUCUUAGGGCACGUCAAGAGGUUAGUGAGUGAGAUUUUUGAGCUCCAAUUCCAAUGUUUUAUUUCAUCAUUAGAACUAGUUUUGUUCAUGGGAGACAAACCAUUGCAGCCUCUCAAAGUUCCAAUCUUUUCAUCUUAAAACGACCAAUUGGUCUUAGAUUAUUCUCCAAUAGCUCAAAUGCACACUCAUUUACGGUUUCAUACCUUACAAAUAAAUGCGGGUUCUCCCCGGCAUUGGCUUCUCGGGUUUCAAAUUUUGUUCAUUUUGAAACCCCUGAAAAGCCUGAUUCUCUGAUUGUUUUCCUGGAAAAUCAUGGGUUUUCACAAACCCAAAUCGCAAAUCUCAUCAAAAGACAGCCAAGGUUUCUUCUUUCUGAUACUGAGAAAACCCUUUUGCCCAAAUUAGAGUUUCUUUACUCUAUAGGUUUUUCAAGGCCUGAGCUUGCUAAACUCUUGAGUAGCCAUCCUCAUCUACUGAAAUAUAGUUUAAAGAAACAAAUUAUCCCCUCGUUUAAUUUACUGAGGGACUUGUUUCAGUCCGAUGAUAAGACUAUCAAGGCUAUAAAACGAUUUGCUGGUAUUCUUGUCAAUUAUUCCAAGUCAUAUUUGUAUCCGAAUAUGAAUGUUUUGAGAGGAAUUGGAGUCCCUGAAUCGAAUAUCCUUAUGCUGCUUAACCGUCAUCCUCGAACGUUUUUGUAUAGUCCGGUUCGACUUAAGGAGAUUGUGGAGGAAGUCAAAGGAAUGGGGAUUGAUUCUUCAACGAAGAAGUUUCUCGUGGCGGUUCUCGCUUUGAGAUCAAUGAGCAAAUCCACACUAGAGAAGAAAUUUGAUGUAUAUAGGAGAUGGGGUUGGUCGGACCAAGAGAUUCGUGAAGCUUUUCAAAGGUAUCCGCCAUGUAUUGCGGUUUCAGAGGAUAAGAUCAUGGCUAUAAUGGACUUUCUUGUGAACAAAAUGGGCUACAAUUCGACUCUUAUUGCCAAACAAUCAAGUGUUUUAAGUCGGAGCUUAAGGAUUAUUGUUCCGAGGGCAUUGUUUGCUCAAGAAUUGUUAUCACAAGGUUUGGUUAAUGACUUAAAAUUGUCCGUAUUGUUUGACACAUCGGAAAAGGUGUUCAUUAGGAUGUUUGUUGACCGUUUUGUAAACAAAGCACCCGAUCUCUUGAAGCUUUACAAAGAAAAACUUAAGAUUUCAGAAAAAAAAUUAGAAGUGAGUUAGCAUAGGCUGCAGCAUUAGUAUUUUGUAGGAUGUGCCAUGUUGCCCUUGAAGACCAAAGGAAUUACUUUUUGCACGUUAACAUUUGUAUUUUUUUCGUGUCCGGUUGCCUUGUUUCAGUUCAUUACUUUUGUCUGAAACUUCUUGUAGUUGGAAUUUGUCAACAGAAGCAGCCAUGUUUCUGUAGCUGUAUUCUUUUCUUCCAUUGAUGAAGCUUAAGCUCAACAUUUUGCUUGA